AUGCGGCAGGCCCUGACUCAGCAGCGCCCGGCCGGCGUGGCCCUGCCCGACUCCGUGGGGUCGUUCAAUAGAAGAAAAAGAAAUUCCCUCUACGUAACUGUGACUCUCCUCAUUGUGUCAGUAUUAAUUCUAACGGUGGGCCUAGCUGCUACAACAAGAACCCAAAAUGUGACUGUUGGAGGUUAUUACCCAGGGGUUAUUCUUGGUUUUGGGUCGUUCCUUGGAAUAAUCGGAUCAAACCUGAUAGAAAACAAAAGACAAAUGCUGGUUGCAUCGAUCGUUUUCAUCAGCUUUGGUGUCAUCGCUGCAUUCUGCUGCGCCAUAGUAGACGGUGUCUUUGCUGCCAGACAUAUAGAUCUGAGGCCGCUGUAUGCAGGGCGAUGUCAGUACUACUCCAAGAGUACAACCCCACCAGAGGCGGUCUGUCACCCACAGCGCCGUGCCCCCUGCACACCGAAAAUAAAAACCAAUACCUGCUUCUGCUGUGACCUGUACAACUGUGGGAACAGAGUAGAGAUUUCUGGAGGGUACUAUGAAUACAUUGAUGUCAGCAGCUGCCAGGACAUCAUCCACCUUUACCACUUGCUCUGGUCGGCAACAAUUCUGAACAUAGUUGGGCUGUUCCUAGGGAUCAUUACAGCAGCAAUACUUGGAGGCUUUAAAGACAUGACUCCUUCCCUCCCUACGCUGAACUGCACUGUUGAGAAUGCACACCCUUCAGUGACCUACUACUCCAGGCCACAAGUGACAUCUUACAACUCCUACUACCACAGCACUCCUCACCUGCCCCCCUACUCUGCUUAUGACUUUCAGCAUUCCAGCGUGUUUCCAGCCUCCACUCCUUCUGGCCUCUCUGAUGACCCCCAGUCCCUGUCACCAUCUCCCAGCUAUAUGUGGGCCUCUAAUGCACCGCCUCGUUACUCGCCACCCUACUUCCCACCUUUUGAAAAGCCACCACCUUACACACCAUAA